GAUGCUUUGGAUCAAACAUAUCGGGCACUCACCUGUGCAACAGUACCGGUACCGUUAAAGCCUGUUAAUGAGUCGGCAUUGGCUCGUCGUCGGCGAUUGAUGCGAGCGAAAAGCAUCUCCCGUGAUGAUGACAUUGAGGAAGAGGCGAGCUCUGCUGAGUUAAGUGGCGAGAGUGCCGUUGUUGCAGCUAGCUGA